AUGGCCACCAGUGGCCUGAGGUUCAUACAGCGCCCCCAGUGCCCGGAGGCGGGAGGAACAACAGAGAGACACCAGCGAGUUCACACUGGGGUGAAGCCGUUCAUCUGCUGUGAAUGUCGGAAGGGAUUCACUCGGUCAUCCUCACUACUAGCACAUCAGCGAGUUCACAACUGUGGGAAGAAAUUUACUCGGUCAUUUGAUCUCCAGGUACAUCACCGUGUUCAUACGGGGGAGAGACCGUUCACCUGUUCUGAUUGUGGGAAGGGAUUCCAUGGACCACCUGACCUUAAUAGACACCAGCGAUUUCACACUGGGGAGAAGCCGAUCACUUGCCCAAUACAUCAGCGAGUUCACAGAGGGGAGAGACUAUUCACCUGCUCAGACUGUGGGAAGAGAUUUACUCAGUCAUUUGAUCUCCAGGUACAUCACCGAGUUCAUAUGGGGGAGAGACCGUUCACCUGCUCUGACUGUAGGAAGGGAUUCCAUGGACCACCUGACCUUAAUAGACACCAGCGAUUUCACACUGGGGAGAAGCCGAUAACUUGCCCAGUCUGUGGGAAAGAACCUGGCCCAUCACCGGCCAGCAAGGAUGGGAUCGGCGGAACCAAGUAG